AUGUCAGAUAUUAGCCCAGGGAUCCGUUUCCAAGACCCUCUUCUGGGCAACAGCUCACCAUGGAUUUACGUCUGCUCCAUGUGGGCGCUGGUCGCCUGCACCAUCUUUGUGAGCAUUCGCUUAUGGGUUCGACGAUUACGAUAUGGCUUGGACGAUGCGAUCUGUCUGCUGUCUUUUCUUUCCGCCGCGGCGAGUUGUUCCACCAUCUUGAGCGCGCUGAGCGGUGGACUCGGCGCACCUACACCGGCGACUGAUUAUGAGAAGUGCUCUUCUGUAGCUGCGCUGAUCGUCUCGAGUAUCUGCCUCUUACUACUCGCUGAUGGCCUAUCCAAAUGCUCGACCAUCCUCCUCGUAGUCAGAAUCAUCUCCAGCAGAGCGUCACCUCUCCGAUUUCACCGUAUGGUCUGCUGGAUUGCGAUUGGCAUUACAACAAUAUGGGUCGCUGUUUCGCUCGGGAUUUAUGCUGGCGGCUGUACUCGUCAAUGCGUUUUGGAUCCCGAUGAUUCUCCCCGUACGGAUUGUCAGGCCAAGGGUGAUCGGUUCAUAGCAGUCGCAGCGAUCGGAAGUCUCAUCGAAGCGGUCAUUUUCAUCUUGGCCACUUUUUUCUUCGGGACUUUACAAAUGUCAUGGAAGACCAAAUCGACGACGCUGAUUCUCUUCGCCGUCAGACUGCCACUCGUCGCUCUCUCGGUAAUCUUCACCACCCAAUACUCCAGCUACAUCCACGCCGUCGACCACGGCCUCCCCAACGUAACCUCCGGAAUCUACUGGCAACUCGCCCUUCUCUCCUGGAUCGUCAUCUCCCCGUGUCUGCAAACCCUUAAAUCCACCAUCGAAGCCCUCUACACCUCGGGAGCAGUGAUCGAUUCCACCCGCUCAGACGCCUCGGAUAGUGCAUUCCGGCUCCGCCAACUCUCUGCCUCUUCCUCGGGGUUCAGUACUACCCGGAGGAACCAGAGCAUCGAUGCGCGACUUUUGAAUAGCGGCCCACCUUCGUCGUGGAAUCGGAGUUACAGCCAGGGCUAUGUUGACGAUAUGAGCAUUCUUGAGGAUUCUCAUCGGUACGAGGCGCCGAACGGAUUACUUGGUCCUUCCCGAUCGCAUUUUACUGGACAUCAUGGCGGGAGGGAAAGUGCAGGCUGA